UCACGCCGCUGGUGGAUGUUCCUCCCCUCCUUCUGUUGUCUCUCAUUGUUGUGUCUCGAGUCGUCCACGAAGCCAGGCGCGACGUUAACUCCAAACACUCAUUUGCCACUAUAAUCCUCUAGAUCAGACCACAAAUCGGAACGACAGUCUAAAUCGCAGACCUCCCACAAGACCGAUAUGGCUCGACGACAACAUCUAUCCUUAAUACUUAUCCUAGGCCUGGCGGCCUUCUUCAGCCUGACAUGGUUCAUGUCCUCGGGAAGAUCACGCGGCGCCGAGUCGGUCUCGCCAAGCGCAUACCAAUAUGAAGCAGCAGGAAGCGUGAAGCAGCAGCAGCAGGACUCAACACCCAUGGGCGCCGUGGAUUUUGGAGGGCUAGAGGGCAUCCUGUCGGGAGGCUCCAUCGCGCCCAAGCUGGGCAACGAGACCGCAAAGCGCGAGCUUGGCCGAGCGACAUGGAAGUUCCUCCACACCAUGAUGGCCCGCUAUCCCGAACAACCCACCGAAGACGACCAGCUCGCUCUCAAAACCUUCAUGACCCUCUUCUCCCGGCUAUACCCCUGUGGCGAGUGCGCAGAACACUUCCGCCAGCUGCUGGCCAAGUACCCACCACAGGUGUCGAGCAGAAACGCUGCGGCAGGGUGGCUCUGCUUUGCGCAUAACAUUGUGAACGAGAGGCUCAAGAAGCCGACCUUCGACUGUACCAAGAUUGGCGACUUUUACGACUGUGGCUGUGCAGAUGAUCCAGGCAAGGCGAAGACGGACGAGAGCGAGCUGAAAGAGUAAAGAGAGAGCCAUGGGCCCUGACAUGCUAAAAAGGAUGCGAAAGCAAAGAGAGCAUAGAAAGAGAUAGGAUAUCAGAUUCCCUGUAUGUAUAUGUGCGUGCGUGUGCGUGUGCAGGUAUGGAUUGGUAGAGGUGUGUUCUGUCUGCCUUAUUCGUUGGCGAGGCGGUUGAGGUCAUUUUCUAAGCAGCUGGCGUUGGUGUUGUGGUUUGCAUACAUUGCAUAUGUGGUAGACUUUGGAUCAUUAAAAACAACUUUAUUUGUUCCCAUC